GCUUUUCCCGCACAGGCGCGUCCCGGAGCUGCACCAUGUCCACCGGAUCUCUCAGCGAUGUCGACGACGAGCUGCUGGACGGAAUCCUGAAGUUCUCCUCCGGGAAGGACUCCACGGAGAGCACCGGGGAGAGCUCCAACUGCGAGGGCUCCGGACCCGGCGAGGAGCGCGGCGACGCCCCGGGGAAACGGCGCAAAGCGGCGUCCCGCAAAUCCGCUCCGAAGGGCGCGGCGCAGCACGAGGGCAAACAGGUGCAGAGGAACGCGGCCAACGCGCGGGAACGAGCCCGGAUGCGCGUCCUGUCCAAAGCCUUCUCCCGCCUGAAGACGUCCCUGCCCUGGGUGCCUCCGGACACCAAGCUGUCCAAGCUGGACACGCUGCGCCUCGCCUCCUCCUACAUCGCUCAUCUGCGCCAGAUUCUGGCCAACGACAAAUACGAGAACGGAUUUAUUCACCCGGUCAACCUGACGUGGCCCUUCAUGGUCGCUGGUAAACCGGAGACGGAUCUGAAGGAGAUGCUGAACUCCACGCGGCUCUGCGGAACCACCGCGUCCUGAUGGAACCUCUAGAACUCCUUGAAACGGAACAUUUAGAACCCCAUCCAAAGGAACCUUUAGAACUCCUUAGGACGGAACUUUUCUUCGUCCAGAACCCUGAAGAAACGGUCUUCUUCUGAGUGGAACCAUCGGAGCUGUUCUCCUCCGUCCCGUGGAGAACCUAAAGAACCUGAAGAACUUAACUUAAUGAAUCUUUGCUGGUCCAAAGAUGAUCUCAUUUGUACAGUUUUCUUUUCUAUGGAUGAACUUCCGGUUGUGUACAGAUUCCUGUAUAUAAAAUAUAUUUGUUCAGAGCUGGA